UGUGCUCUCUUAAUCUUCAGAGGCGGCUGUAUCGCUAAGCGGAUCUGGAUUGUCCCUCCUCUCUUAGAUUCAGGCUGUAAUGGCUAGCGCCACUACCAACAAGAGCACCGAGCAGCUGGCUGACCAAUCUGUGCCGCCAGCGGUCCAGAGCAGCGCAGGCGGGAUUGAUGUACCUCAGCCCGAACCACCUCGCCCUAAGCGAAAGGCUGUCUUCGGACUGGGUCAGAAUAUUCGCAACCCAAGAACCGUGAACCCCUUUGACUAUGAACAGAAGUAUGAAGAGGAUGACUAUGGGAGCGAACUUGGCUCUAAUGCUCGCUUCUGGCGUGUGUUGCUCGACGAAGGUCAGGCGUACGACGCGGAACUGAUUGAAGGAUGGCGUGAUACGCUGGACGUCCUCCUCGUUUUCGCUCUUCAACCGGAUUACGCUGCGAUAUCAGUCUCGCUUCUAGCCGAAAUUGUCUCGCUACAGCGGGCGCUGGCUGACGGAACACCUUCCGGAAGGGUACCGCGCUCGAGCUUGGCCCUCAAUUCUGUCACUGCGACUGCGCUCGAUUAUUGGUGCAACGCUUUCUGGUUUAUCAGUUUGACGCUGAGCCUUUCGGCUGCUCUCAUGUCUGUGCUCAUCAAGCAAUGGCUUCAGGCAUACAGCAGUAACGUAUCUGGAACCCCGCGGAAGCAAGCACUUGUACGCCAAUUCAGGUUGAUCGGCAUCGAGCGCUGGAAUGUGCCCCUCAUCGUCGGCCUACUCCCUAUGCUUCUCCAUCUGUCCUUGCUCCUCUUCUUUGUUGGCCUGUCGCUCUACUUGUUUACAUUUGACACUGUCAUAGCCUCGAUCGUCGCCGGUCUCGCCAUCUCCUAUGGUUACGCCGCAUUCCAGGAGUCGGUGACGGCGACAAGUAAUUUCCUUCGCCAGUACGCUCAUCGCGAUGCUCCGGACGUGUUACCUUCCGCAAGUCGUCGGGCAGGCGCGUCUGCACUUUCAGAAGGACCCUCUACUAGCCGCGGUGUCUUCUCCGUCAAUGUAGGCACCCUAGUGCGAUGUCUCUCACGCAUCCGUUCGCCAGCAUCGCUGUCACGCUCUCGCGAGGCUGAUGCAGUAGCCUUCAUCGAGGAUUCACUGACAGUGGAAUGCCUCAACUGGGUCUUCUCUACGUCUUCCAAUCCCACAGUCGCUAGCAUCACGGUCCAAGCUGUGUCAGGCCUCUCAGACCAUGUUGCCCCUCUCAACAACGUCACCAUGUUCGAGACGCUCAAGCACGACAUUCUCAGCUGCUUCAGACGUGCUUCCGAGGAGGAGAGCUCAGCGCUCACCCUGAUGUUUGGCCAGGAGCGAAAGCACUACCACCCAGCAAAGAGCUGUACGCUACUCGCCGUCUUCCUUUGGAACAGCGCAGGAAGAGCCCACGACUAUGCUCUUCCUGUGUUCGAGCGGCCAUUGACGAUGGAGGCCAGCUCAUUGUAUACGCUAUGCGCGUUUGACUCGGGUUACAAAGAUCUCGUGAAAGCGGCUGUGCGCCGUCUCCUGGAAGACCUGCGUCUCCAUAUGUUGCGACGCGCUCUCGAGACCUAUGCGUCAGAGACGCUCACGUCCUCCAAAUUCCAUAGCAAGCGGCAGAUUGUCAGCGCAACUGGCUUCGAUGAGGUGGAUGAUGCGAACAUUGGCUUUCUGGCUCGUUAUCUCGACGAAGUGCCGCGUGAACACGCAUGGGCACUCCUCAAGACAGUCAACAGAAUUAUUGCUUGGCCUGGCCUCUCCCUGCAGACACUCCAUCUCUUCUUCUACAUCUACUAUCUUCAGGGCGGGCAGAGUACCGCAGACAUACCGUCAUCGUCGCGCCUAGUCCACAAGAUCAAUCUCGAUCCUAAUAGCCCAGAGGCCACCGCUGCUCGACAACACAUAGACUAUCUCUUUCACGCUAGCGAGGACCAGACCAUCCAUCUCGCAUGGUACUGGUCGAUCUACGUCCUUGUUGCCGCCACGGAUCCGCAUCGAACAAGCCCUCUGCGCCCGGCGAUGUGAACGCUCGCCAGACUGACGUCCGAGCGUACGUCAGAAUGGAACGAGACCCUGCGGCAAGCCGUACGCGAGCCCC